CGGCAGACGGAGCAGACCUCCGGGAAGGCAGCGUGGAUUUUAACCAUCCUCUCAUCUGUGUGAAUGGGAAGCAGCAGCGAGCAGGAGUGAUGGAGACUCUUCACUUGUAGUUACUGGAACUUAUUCUCGACUCUAAAAGGAGGAAACUGAUCUGCAUUUGUGUAUUUUGGAAAUUCCUUUCCCUUUUUCUUUUCUUUGGGGGAUCCUAGCCCGACUGGGGAUCAGGGAUAUUUUUGGGGAGAAGAGAAGCUGUUUUACCCCCUCUCUUUCUCUCUCCUCACCAUCCUCUUGACUCAACACACUGUGGGUUUUUUCUCCUUUAUUUUUUAUUUUCUUAAUUAACUGUUGGAUUCUGUUGAGGAUUUAAAAACAAAAACAAAAAAACACUGAAAGAACAGCGGGAUUGUGUGUGUGUGUGUGUUUCUGUGCUUCCACGGACUCAUCGGGACUGGAGCAGGGCAGCAUGGAGCUGGUUUUGGUUGGAUGUACCGGUGAUGUUUGGGAGGUGCUGGUGCUGAGGAGGAGGAGAACAGGAGGACUGUACCUGCUGGUGCUCUGCUGGCUGCUGGCUGCUCACACCACAGCGCACGCCUCAGAUGCCUCCUCAUCUUCUUCCUCCUCGUCUGGUCUUGGAGGUUUUGUGGACUUCAUUUUCACCCAGGAGCCUCAGGACACGGUGACAGUACGCGGCGGUGUGCUGCAGCUAGACUGCCAGGCACAGUCAGAUGCCGUGGCAGGAGCCCCCACCAUCACAUGGCGUAAGGAUGGAGUGCUGCUUAGCACGGUGGUCGAUGAGCGGCGGCGACAGCUGAGCAACGGCUCGCUGCUGGUGCAGAAUGUGAUGCACUCGCGGCACCACCGGCCCGAUGAGGGAGAAUAUCAGUGCCUCGCCACGCUGGAUGGACUGGGAAGCAUUGUGAGCCGGACAGCAAGGGUGACUGUGGCAGGUCCGCUCAAAGUGGUCGUCCCCACUGAGUCCGUCUCAUCGUACCUCGGCGAUACUGCCCUGCUCCGCUGCGAGGUAUCAGGUGACCCAACACCUGUGAUCCGCUGGCAGAAGAACCGAGAGGACUUGCCACUGACCUUUGAACCUGACUCCCGUCUCGCUGUGCUGCCAUCAGGUUCGCUGCAGGUGAGCCGAGUCCAGCCACCGGACUCGGCUACAUACCGCUGUCUGGCUGAUAACCCCAGCAGCACCAGGACGGGGACGGACGCAGAGCUCCGUGUGCUCCCAGAACCUGGGGUCAGCAGGAACCUCCAGUUCCUUCAGAGCCCGACCCGAGUAACAGCUCUGCUGGGAUCAGAUGCGGUGCUUGAGUGUUCAGCCUCUGGUUACCCGACUCCGAGCAUCCAGUGGAGGAGAGGAGAGGAACUGAUUCAGAGCUGGAACAAGAAGUACUCUCUACUGGCGGGCAGCAACUUGAUCAUCAGAAGCGUCACUGACGACGACUCUGGCAGUUACAGCUGUACAGCCUCCAACAAGAACCACAACAUCACUGCAUACGCUGAGCUCAGUGUACUCGUGCCUCCUCAGUUCCUCAACUACCCGACCAACACGUACGCCUAUGAGUCAACCGACAUCGAGCUGGAGUGUGCCGUGACAGGAAACCCGCCGCCGACCGUCCGCUGGAUGAAGAACGGGGAGGAAGUCAUCCCGAGUGACUACUUCCAGAUAGUGGACGGCAGUAACCUGCAGAUUUUGGGCUUGGUGAAAUCGGAUGAAGGAUUUUAUCAGUGCAUCGCGGAGAACUCUGCUGGCAGCUCGCAGGCGAUGGCUCAGCUGCUGCUCCGAGAGCCAGUGUCCCCCAGCCCAGGCGUUGCCCUCCCCUCUGCCCCCCGCGACCUGGUCCCUGUCCUAGUGUCCAGCCGAUUUGUCCGACUCAGCUGGCGCCCCCCAGAGGAGUCCGGAGGAGCUGUUCAGACCUACGGUGUUUAUUACUCCCAGGAUGGAGUCGAUAGGGAGAGGUCGGUAAACGUGUCAGAGCCGGAGUCUCUGGAGCUGACAGUUUCCAACCUGAAGCCGGAGGAGAGCUACAGCUUCAGAGUUGUCGCUUAUAACGACAUAGGGCCAGGAGAGAGCUCCGCCCCCCUCAAGAUCACCACAAAACCUGAUCUCCAAGUUCCCAGCAAGGUGGAGUCUCUGCGAGCAUUGGCUCUUUCUCCAACCUCCGUUCAGGUUAGCUGGGAGCCACCCAGCCUUCCGAACGGCCCCAUCCUGGGCUACAGGCUGCUGUGGACCGAGAGCCCAUCGGGCAAGGAGCAGAGUGUGGAGGUGAAUGGACAAAACUAUAAGAUGGAGGGACUCAACAAGUUCACAGAGUACACAGUUCGAGUUUUGGCCAUCAAUCGCUAUGGACCAGGGACCGCCUCAGAUGCCGUCAGUGUCACCACCCAAUCAGAUGUACCCAGCGCUCCUCCACAGAACAUCACCUUAGAGGUCGUCCUGUCCAGGAGCAUCAAAGUAUCCUGGCAGCCUCCUCCACGCAGUGCCCAGAAUGGGAUCAUCACAGCUUACAAGAUCAAAUACAGGAAGACGGGCCGACGUGGAGACCAGGAAGCCAUCGAACCCAACAACUUCUGGUACCUGUUCACUGGUCUAGAGAAGGGCAGUCAGUACAGUUUCCAGGUAGCAGCAAUGACAGCAAAUGGGACAGGCCCGGCCAGCGAUUGGUACACCGCUGAGACGCCAGAGAAUGACCUGGAUGAGAGUCAGGUGCCCGACCAGCCGAGCUCCCUGCACGUCAGGCCGCUUCCCAACAGCAUCAUCAUGUCCUGGACUCCACCGCUCAGCCCUAACAUCCUGGUCAGGGGUUACAUUAUUGGCUACGGAGUAGGCAGUCCCUACGCUGAGACGGUCAGAGUGGACAGCAAGCAGAGAUACUACUCCAUUGAAAACCUAGAGCCAAGCUCGCACUAUGUGAUUUCCCUGAAGGCUUUCAAUAAUGCCGGGGAGGGAGUCCCUCUGUACGAGAGCGCCGUCACUCGAUCCCUGACAGACCCCAUUGACCCAUCUGAGGAUGACCUCUUCCACCUCUUUGAUAAAUACCCCACUCCCAUGCCAGACACCAGCACUCCCAUGAUCCCCCCAGUGGGGGUCCAAGCUGUGGCUCUGUCCUCGGAUUCAGUCCGUGUCUCCUGGGCCGACAACUCUAUGACCAAGAACCAGAAGUCAUCAGAAGUUCGUUACUACUCCGUCAAGUGGAAGACAAGCUACUCCACCAGUGGAAAGUACAAGUCUGCAGACACCACGGCCCUUAGCCACACGGUCACUGGCCUCAAACCAAACACCAUGUACGAGUUUGCUGUUAUGGUCACCAAAGGCCGCAAGUCCAGCACCUGGAGUAUGACAGCGCAUGCUACAACAUAUGAAGCAGCUCCUAGCUCUGCCCCCAAAGAUUUAACAGUGAUAAGCCGUGAAGGACGACCCCGUGCCAUUUUGAUCAGCUGGCAGCCGCCUAUGGAGGCCAACGGGCGAAUCACAGGUUACAUUCUGUAUUACACACUGGAUAAGAACGUGCCGAUAGACGACUGGGUGAUGGAGGCAAUUAGUGGCGACCGGCUAACCCAUCAGGUUGUGGAUCUGAACCUCGACACUGUUUACUACUUCAGGAUUCAAGCCAAAAAUGCCAAAGGAGUCGGCCCUCUAUCCGAGGCCAUCCACUUCAGGACAGCCAAAGUGGAGCAUCCAGACAAGAUGGCCAACGAUCAAGGUCGAGGAGGAGAACACGCCUACUGGCCAUCUGACACCAACCCAAUUGACAGGAGCAGCAUCAACGAGUCUCCCAUUGGUCAGAUGCGUCCCCCUCACGGCACCCCUCAGAAGAACAGCAACCUUCUGGUCAUCAUUGUGGUUUCUGUGGGAGCCGUCACCGUGGUCGUGGUUGUCAUCGUGGCCCUCAUCUGCACACGGCGCUCCUCCGCCCAGCAGAGGAAGAAGAGAGCAAGCCACAGUGCCAGUAAGAGGAAGGGCAGCCAGAAGGACCUGCGGCCUCCGGACCUCUGGAUCCACCAUGAGGAGAUGGAGAUGAAGAAUAUGGAGAAAGCUCCCAGCAUUGCACCGUCUGGCCACGAUUCACCAAUCCAGUCCUGCCAGGACCUCCCCCAGGUGGCACACAGCCAAUCGGAGAGCCAGAUGGGCAGCAAAAGCAGCCACUCAGGAGCAGACGCUGAUGAGGUUUCCAGCAGUAUCUCCACUUUGGAGCGCUCCCUGGCUGCCAGGAGAGGAACUCGAAGCAAAAUGAUGAUUCCCAUGGACUCGCAGCCGAGCAACACACCGGUGGUCAGUGCCAUCCCGGUGCCAACUCUGGACUCCUCGCAGUAUCCCGGGAUUCUGCCUUCUCCUUCAUGUGGCUUCACUCACAACAAGUUUAGCCUGAGACCAAUGCCUUUCCCCAGCCUGACUGUGGACAGAGGAUACACACCAGCUUUGUCCACAGAUGCCUCCUCCAAUCCUCUUCUCCAGCAACAGCCUCCAACACAGCAGACUGCCCCUCUCCUCCCCGGUUCCUCAGCCCUGCCUGGGGAACACGUCCCCACGAUAGGCCCAGUCCCGGGUGCCCCUGCAGCCACUGCAGCGGCAGAGGAGGCCCAGGGUGGGAGCGGUCGGACCAUCCCGACAGCCUGCGUGCGGCCCACCCAUCCGCUAAGAAGCUUCACCAAUCCACUGCUGCCACCACCCAUGGGGACCAUCGACCCCAAGGUGUACACUUCUAUGCUGCCACAGUCCAGUGCGAGCCUCCCGAAGCCCCAGGUGAAGACUGCCUCUCUGGGUCAGGCCGGUAAGGCUCGCUCUCCUCUGCUGCCUGUCUCAGUGCCCACGGCGCCGGACUUACCAGAAGAGGGAGGAACAAAACCCGCGGAGGAUUCAGCUGCCAACAUUUAUGAGCAAGAUGACCUGUCAGAGCAGAUGGCCAGUCUAGAAGGACUGAUGCAGCAGCUCAAUGCCAUAACAGGCUCCGCCUUCUAACCUCUGAGCCCGGCCCGGCCCCGAAUCAUGGCCCAGUCUGGAACCCUUCUUCAAGCCUCGAUGUCACCUGUUGUCUGGUCUUUCAAGGCACCAACAGGUCAAUCUGGGUUUAAAGAUGCCUCUGUGGAAUCAGAUCUCCGUUUGUGCUGGGUUAAGUCUGUUUGGUUUCUACUGGUCUUGGCUACUAUCCACUGGGACCGGGAUUGGAAAAAGGGAAUUCAAAAGAGGAUAAACACUACAGCACACAGCAUCAAGAACAGGACCAGUGUUGAGGGGCGUCUUUAGGAGUUUAAACUGAAACCCCUUUAGACCCCUCAACCCCAAACACAAAACUAAAAAAAACCCAAUGCCUAGCGCCUCGACUUAAUGAAACAGGGGGAAAGGAUUAUCACAAAAAAAGAAGACAAAAUUACAAGAUCCCUCCUGUUUCUCUUAUUUGUGAUAUUUAUUAGCAUCCUCCUCCGCUGAGUUAUCUUCAACUCAGUUACUGUGACUGUACCUCACUUAUUUUUCAUUAUCGCCAUUCCUUUUUGUCUUUUGUCUUUCUUUGGGUAUUCCAACUUUGCGCAUUUACAGGAUGUGCAUAUGGUUUGAAAAUGCAAGACAAACCUAAGUGAGAAAUGGAAAACACAUCCUCAGCCACCAAAGUUUCAGCAAAACUUUUUUUUUUUCAUGUGGAUUCAAGGUUGCCUGUUACAACAGAGCGAGGUGAUUCACUACGACAUUUUUUCUCACCGUCUUUUUCUGUCUUACACAAAACAGUAUGAUUUGACUGAAACUCACAUCACCCAAGCCCACGGUACCCUUCCACUUUCUGGAUCUUGAGAUUAAAAUUGUAAAGUCCGGUCUGAAUCAUCUGGAUCUGGAUUCUACUAACUUUUUUUCUUACAGGACUGUAUAAAAACCUCUUUAGACUCCCACAGUUGGUUGCUGCUCCUGACCAAGCCUUUACUCUCCCUAACGCAGAAAAUGUCCAGUAUUUACCCACAAGGACUUGUGUCGUUGCCAAAUUCUCAUCACUGAAAGCUUACUGUAACUUUUUUUUCGCUAGUUGUUCAAGUCUGGCCUAAAAAUGGACUUGAAGUGGGUGAAAAAGAUAAGAUUUAAGGAACAAGGUGGAGCUGGUUUCGAGAUGAUCAAUUCCAUUGUGGAACAAAGAAAUGUCUCUGGAUGGAGAACAGUAAUUGUUCAUGUCAAACGUAUGUUCAGUCACUCUAAACAUGUUAGUCGCAAAGUGCAGCGUUGCCCCUGUUGUCUGGAGAACUAAAGAAGGGUUACAGUCUGUGAAUAUCAGUGUUGUUGGUCUUUGGGACACUAGUUCACGUGUUCUCCAAAGAUGCAUUUUGAAGGACACUCGCUGAAUCAUGGUUAUUCUAUCAAAAACAUAAUAAGCACUACCAAAAUUGAGAAAAAGGUAAUUGCGUCAUGAUCAUAAGACGACAGUUUCGACUCUCAGAUAACAAAACAAUAAUUUUGUUUUCCGUCAUUAAGUUGUAUGUAUAAUUAGCUACAAACCAACCACAGCAGGGUGCUGUGUUGCUCUUUGAGAUUUGAUGUUAUCUUCAUUAUUAAUGUUUUUAUUGGGAUUGGAGAUGAUGGGGCAGCCACUGAUGAUGAUAAUGACACUGAUCUCUGUCAUUGUUUAUUUUUCGACUGUGCCAUUUUACAGUGUCUGGCUGGAGGUGAGUGUGCUGUAUCUGGGCUUGCUUUUGAUGAAUCCAUAUUUAUUUUUCAUGAGACAAACACGAGUGUACCUCUGUCGACCUUGAUCGCAAUGGCAAAACCGUCAGCUUCGCUUUGAGUUUUCUUCAGGGGGUUCUGUUUUUAUACAAAAAACGAUAAGAGAAAAUGUGACAAAAAGAUCAACACAAAUAAUGCAUAAUCCUCAAAGUAUAUUUUUACAUUUGAUGUCCUGUCAGAGCUGAGUUUUUUUAAGUCAGGUUUUUUUAACCACAUUUCUGCAGAGAGCUACUUUAACCGCAGUGAAAUAUGAUAACCUCCAGCCUUUGAACAUGUCAGACAGUUAGUUUAAUUCAAAACAUCUUUGUUAACUGGUAUAAAGAAGCCCUUUUGUGCCAUUUUUAGUUUUAAUAGAAGCUGUCUAAAAAAAGGUGGACCGAGGAAA